GCCAUUAGCCGCUUGGGCCCACCAAACCGACGUCCAUCGGUUUCAAUGUUUUCCGCAGAACUUGGGGCAUCUAAUUCUCUCAAUCCUCUUCUUCUUCUUCUCAAAUUCUCAAGCCACUGUUGCAAUCGUCGGUAUCGCUGCCUGUUCAUCGGAUCUGCGAUACUCGGCAGUCGCUUUCGCAAAACCCUAAUUUGGAAUAGUUUAAUUUUAUCCCAAAUUAAGGUAUUAGGAAUCACAAACCUCUGUUUCCUCCAAACCCUAUGCUCCGACAUCCCUCCUUCAUUGCCUUUGAUACAUCAAAUUAAUUGCUCGCUCGGUCGGCCUGGUUUGCCGCGUUCUUAUAUGUAAAUAUCUGUACAUACAGGUUUCGUUUGUGUUAUUUAUAAGAUAGGAGGUUUAUGGAAUGAAGCAUUCGAGGAAGAAGAAGAAAUCGAGGGCUUCGAGCCAAGUCGGGGCCAAAGGAGCUGCACCGAAGGAAGAGCGUGGAGAACGCAAGGCUGUGAAGGGUUUGUCGGAGGCCUUGACCUCGGUUUCUCUCGAUGAAGCUACUUCGGCAUAUGGAGAGGCAAACGGAGUGGAGAUUCUCGGGGUGCUGGCCGAAAGUAUUGACGAUCAGGCCGCGAGUUGUUCUAGCUCGAGCGUUGGUGAUGGGCCGAUGCCGGGUUCAGGGUUGAGCUCAGUGGAGGUGUUGGAGGCCAAUCGUGCUCGGAACGGAGUUCAUGGACGGGUUUCUAGAGGAACAAAGCAAAAGAAGGUGAUUGCUGCUACUGGGACGGUGUCGACAGUUUUAAGGAAGGAAUAUGUUAUGUCAAGCCCAAGGAAAGAUUCAUUUAGAUCGGCGAGGUAUAUUAAUACACCUGCAAGCAAAGGAGAGGCCGAGCAGUUCUUAUGUUCCAUGCUGGGUAAUGACUGUGAACUGAGCAUGGCCGUGGUUAGAGAUGUGCUCUGUCAAUACAGAUAUGAUGUAGAAAAGGCUUUAAAUGCAUUGCUUGAAUUAACUGCUUCAUCCUAUGGGCCUUCCAAGAAAAAUCAAUCUUAUGAACAUACUGCAAACACCAAAGCACAUGGAGGAUCUAUUAUUAAGUGGGGUGACAAUAUAACAGAUAGGGCAUCUGAUUCAACUUCUCAUUCAUCUGAAAGUGAAAAUCACGACAAUAUCUGGUGUAUGGGUAAUGAUUUCAGGAAUUAUUCUGAAGUUCUACUCAGUUCUGAAGUUGAUUCUUUUCCUGGCCUCACAAGUUCUGAGUCAGAAGUCUCACAACUUCCUCAGAAAGUGUUGGAGUCUUUAUUUAAUAUGCCGAAUAUUUCUGAACAUGAACCAGCAACUAUGAAUUGGAGGGAUGUAGUGAAAAAGAUGCAAUCUCUGGGACAGAGGUUUGGGUUUGACCCUGCUGAUGCUGUAGAACCGGACCAUGCUGAUGCUAAAGGAGAUGAGUAUGUGGUGUUUAGAAAGGCUGCAAGGGAACAGUGGGAUUCAAUGAAAUCCUGUUAUCAGAAGGCAGCAACAGCAUUUUCAAAUGGGGAACGUGGUUAUGCUGCAUACCUUUCUGAUCAAGUUGGAAGGUUACAUAACAAAAUGGCUCAAGAGGCAGAUAAAAAAGCAAGCCAACAGAUAUUCAGAGCUAGAAACAAGAGAAUUGAAAAUGUGAUAACCAUUGAUCUGCAUGGGCAACAUGUCAAACAAGCUACAAGGCUUUUAAAAAUUCACCUGUUAUUUGGAGCAUAUGCACGCUCGGUCCAGAUGUUCAGGAUUAUCACAGGAUGUGGGAGCCAUGGUGUGGGGAAGUCAAAGCUGAAGCAGUCGGUGAUUAAACUGAUAGAAAGGGAAGGUAUUGAAUGGAGAGAAGAGAACCAGGGAACAAUCCUGAUCAAGCUUGACGAGCAGAGAGAAUUUACCUUUCUAGGGUCGGGAAGUGAUAGUGAGUAAUCCUCCCUUGGGGUAUGUAUGCUCAUAACUAACUACUGUAGUGGGGAAUUAACUGGUUAGUGUAGCCACUAGCUUCACAGGCCAGGGUGUACAUUAUCUUCUUUGUAGGUAGAGGCCAAAUGUGCCUCUACAUGCAUUUACUGACCUGAAUUAGUUUAUCAGAAUAAGACAAUGCAUCGUCGUGAUGCAAAAUUGCUCUGUUGUAACUUUUAUGCCUAGCUGGCUAAUUGGCUUAUUAUGUGUGGGGUUGUUGUAGAUCCUUGGUUCUGUUCCUUUUUUUUUUUUUUUUAAUGAUUUUAAUGUAAAUUCAUUUGUCCUGCUCCUGCAGCAGAUUGGACUAUAUGGGAGAUUAGAAAUGAAUUUUGG